UCCACGAAGGUCGAGCGCGCGCCCCCGAUGUUUAAAACUGUUGUGCGCGAGGCGACACGACUACUGCCCGGAUAGCAUAGCCUAACAUAACAAAGUUUACCUUAACGUAGUUUCGCGUAGAUGUUGCCUUUAUCUGAGAAAAUAAGACACAAACUAGCACUUCUUUUUGUGACAGUUGUUAUUUUAGUCAUUUAUACUCGCGGUGUCUUCACUCGAAGAAACUCCACGUUUCAGCUGAGACGUUCACGGACAUCGCUUGCAUGAGACUGUGGGCAGACAGAAGCAGUGGAUGCAACGACGCUCCUUUUGUAGCAGAAAGCUGGAAGAGCGCUCGAGGCCUCACAAAGGACCAGCUGGCCGCAGGAAGUUGCAGCAAAGCCCACACUAGACCCACCAUGUCCCUUGGAACGUUCCACCUCAUGCAGACCCUGAAGAACUCUCCCGCCGCACUGCGUCGACGCUUCCGUCGCGAUCGCACUGAGUCCCUGUCGCAUGGUGACCCGCUCUUUAAAGUCCACUACCUCGGCACGGAGAAGAUUUUCUCUCUGGAUCGGGAGCAGGCCCAGGACGCCAUCAGCCGCUUGCUGGAAGGCGUGAGCAACGGGAAGAAGCUGAGCAAAGAUCACGCCUUGGUGGUGCGGCCCAGAUACGUGGAGGUCAAAGAGCUGAGCACAGGAAGGCAGCUCACCAAAACAUACCUGCAGGACAUCGCCUACUGCGCCGCCGACGCCGCCCGCCCUAACGUCUUCCUGUACAUCUGCAAGCAUCACGGCCAGCAGCUGCAGUGUCGCGUCUUCUGGUGCAGUCGGGCCGAGCGGGCGCGGGACAUGACCGCCUGCCUGGCGCACUCCUUCCAGCAGGCGCUCAGCGACUGGCAUAAUGACAGCGAAGUGGGAGGGAAUCAUGCAGAGCAGUCGACCAACUCUCCCGGGAACCCUAAGAGCUCAACGCUGCCCUCAAGUCUGGGAAAAGUUCACUGGAAGCAAAGAGGUUCUGUGUCCCGCAGCCCCCUCAGAGGCAUCACCAGGAGAGGGUCUGCCUCGGACAGCUGGAGCUGAUCUCCUGCAACGACUGUAGAUCUACUGUGAAUAUCUGGACUGACGACUGGUGGUCCUUCUUCUCUGCUGCAUUUUUAAGGCGUUAAAGAGAAGGUUGCUUGAAGACCAAAAACCACAAAACAAGGACAAAGUCUUCUUUUAUUUAUUUUUUUACCUUCGUCAGCACUUUUGGAAAAUUAUUUUUUUAAUGAAUCAUUUCCAUUUUAACUUUUUUUUUUUACUUUUUAUCCACGACAUGCACCCCACCCCCACAUCCCGCCUUCCUCAGCUUAGAGAGCCACCCAGCCGUGACUUGCUGCUUUGUUGAUCACGGAAACACAGAGAACGUUGUGUCCCAUCAAGAGAGCCUCUUCUUGGAAUGUGCGGCCGUGCACCUGCAUUCCUCUCCAAAAGCCUCGCUCUUUUCUGGGUUUAACCGCUCUUCUCGUGUUCACUCGAGGCCAUAAGCACCACUUUAACUCGUUACAAAGCGUAUCGUCUUCAACUUUACUAAUGCCCAUCUUAUAUUAUUAACUGAAAGGUGCCAUUUUUGUGCCCACUAAGUGUUCAUGUGAUGUAUUUUAAGGAAGAAGGGACUCAAUUGCCUGCUUUGUCAGUGUAUGUUUUUUUUAAAUGUAGUUAUGUACAUAUUUAAUUAAAUAUGUUUUUAUACAACUUU